GCUUUGUAUACUUGCCCGAAAUCGUCCGUGGAGGAUCCGUACGCGUCCACGUCAAUGAAGCGGGCCGAGGAGUAUGCAGCUGUCGCGACCAAGCGGCCGCGCGCCGAGGACAAGCCGGACGCGCCGCCCGCGGAAGAGCGCCGAACUGUCCGCUUCGUCGAGACGGGCGCGCUCCUCUCGCUGGCCGACGAUGGGCUUACGGUCACAGGCAGUAAAGGCUAUUGCAUGGCACGCGCCAACUGCGGUAUUUGUCAUGGCAAUUGCUAUUACGAAAUCACGCUGCAGCCUGCCGACGUGCCGUACCACGUGCGCUUUGGCGUGGGCACCAAGAAGGCGGACAUCAACGCGCCCGUGGGCUUUGACGAGUCGAGCUACGCAUACCGCGAUCUCGAAGGCGCGAUCGUACACAAGAGCACACGCCGUGACGGCUACGGCGCAGCUUUCGGGCCGGGGGAUGUCGUCGGUGCCCUCCUCUUGCUACCCGAUCAAGUCGAAUCAGGUCCGGAUCCCACUUCGGCCAGUAGCCCACCCACAAAUCCUGCUUCGCCCAGCGUCGGCUCAGAAUCUCCGGCAGUGACGCCAGCGUCCGACGUCAAGAAGACGAACGGUAUCCUUCGCUUCUUCGUCAACGGCGUCGACCAAGGAGUGGCAUUCGACGACCUGCCCUGUGGCGAUGUGUACUACCCGUGCGUGUCCAUCUACCAUGCCGGCAGCGUCGUCGCCAACUUUGGCCCAUCCUUCCGGACGCCGAUGGGCGACGCGAUUCCAUACUCGAGCCCGUCCCCCUAGUACACGUAUUACACGGAGGUUGUACUACGCGUCUAUUAAAAAGUCAUGUGCUGCUCGUCGUGGUAUGGCGGCUGCACACACGAGUUGAUGAGGUGG